AACUGCACAUGAAAUUAAACUCAAAGAAGUUAAAACAGGCUCUGGAGAGAAGGAAGGAAAAGCCCCAGAAUGCAUCAAGCAAUGUAGUAUUACAGGCACUACAAUCCUGUCCGCCAGAAAAGGUGGAAAUAAAAGUAGAAGUUAGCGAGUACUAUGUCAAGACUAUUGCAUCACAACCUGAGGAAGAAAACACAGUAUUUGUUGAGAAACAACUUUUAACAUACCCUAGCAAGAAGAAUGACUUCCGUAUAAUGAAUUUGGUUCCUAUGAAAGAAUGUGACUAUCCCAAAGAAGACGUGGCAGACAAUCAACUUGGUGAGACAGAGGAGAUGCACAUCGUUGACUUCAGUGAACUGGCUAGCAGUUCUUUCAAUCCGUUGAAGAGACUUGAUGGAUUAACGGACUCAAAGGUUUCAAGUACCACGAGUAAACAUAUAACACGUCCUGUUUUUAAAGUCUGUCAACUCUGUGAAAAUCAGUGCUUUUCAACUUACAAAGACUUAAUGGACCAUUAUAAAUCAAGACAUCAUGUUUCGUCUGUACCACCUCCAGCAAAAUCUGUAACAACUCCACCAACAAAUGUGACCUUUAAAAAGCGUUUUCGUAUGUUGAAAAAAUCCAAAGAUACAAGUUCUAGCAGUCCAGAUGGCCAAGAUGUUUUUCCAUAUUAUUUCAUUGAAGAACAUUCCUGA